AUGACGAAAUAUGCGUUCACUGUGGAGCUCUGUGUUAAAGAAUUCAGCAGUGGCGACCCGCUCGCCUUCAAAAUGGACGGCCAUCGAUUCGACGGAGCUCAACGAACAUUGAAAUGGAGUACAGAUCAGACAUACGCGGUGAAGAUUACAACGAAACCUGCAACUGAAGUCACAAGAAUCAACGUGAACGGUAAUGAUUUGGACGUGACAAAAGAGAAAUUGGGCGUGUUUUCGGGAAAUUGGAAUACUGCUGGAGCGGAGGUGUCAAAGAGAGGAACACGUUUCCCGCUCAUUUUCCUGGUUAAUUUUGCGCCAGAGGGACAAAUGAGAGUAGAGUUUCAGUCGAAGGUUUAUUCGAAGAACGACUCGCACGCCGUCUGGGGACACAAGAUGAACAGCGUAGAAUUCAAAUGCAGUGGUGACGACGACGGCUAUGUGAAAAUCGUGGAUGAGAGCUACAAAUGA